CAUUCUUUGGCUUUGGCUUUGGCUUUGGCUUUUCUUGGGUUAUAUUUCUUGCAGAGGAGCCUCACAAUUGUUUGUACUUUAUUCCUCUUUGCCUUUGCACUCAUCAAACAUUUUUCUGCUUGAUAUCCAAUUUGCAUUUCUACACCAUGACCCUUGGUUCAGGAGGAUCCAGUGUCGUGGUCCCUCGGAAUUUCCGAUUGCUGGAGGAACUUGAACAUGGGGAAAAGGGGAUUGGAGAUGGUACAGUAAGUUAUGGAAUGGACGACGGAGAUGACCUCUACAUGCGAUCAUGGACUGGCACCAUAAUAGGUCCUCAUAAUUCUGUACAUGAAGGUCGGAUAUAUCAGUUGAAAUUAUUCUGUGACAAAGAUUAUCCGGAGAAGCCACCAAGUGUUCGUUUUCAUUCCCGGAUUAACAUGACUUGCGUCAACCAUGAAACUGGAGUGGUGGACUCAAAGAAGUUUCCACUUCUGGCAAACUGGCAACGAGAGUACACAAUGGAAAACAUACUGACACAGCUAAAGAAAGAGAUGACGGCUCCGCACAACCGUAAGCUGGUUCAACCUCCCGAAGGGACCUAUUUCUAGUAUAAAGAUAUGUAUAUGUCUUGUUGAUUUAAAAAUUUGUGCUGGGAAGUAAAGAUGAAACUUUUAAGAUCCCCAGAAAAGCUCCUAUUCACUCAGUUGCCUCUUGGAUAUCUUUUUCUGCUCUACUCCCCUUUGAACAAUGUUGUUGGGUUCUGUUUUAUAACGGGUAAUCUUUUGUGUGCAAAACUGUAAAGGAUGAAUAUAUAUCUUAAGUUGUUGCAGUUUCUGAAUAUUGUCUUAC